UCCUGCCCACCUACUGCAGUGCCCAGCACAGGAGAAGAGUCGGGCUCCUGCCCACCUACUGCAGUGCCCAGCACAGGAGAAGAGUCGGGCUCCUGCCCACCUACUGCAGUGCCCAGCACAGGAGAAGAGUCGGGCUCCUGCCCACCUACUGCAGUGCCCAGCACAGGAGAAGAGUCGGGCUCCUGCCCACCUACUGCAGUGCCCAGCACAGUAGAAGAGUCGGACUCCUGCCCACCUACCUGCAGUGCCCAGUACAGGAGGAAGAUCGGGCUCUGUCUGCUCCACCCUUUGGGGUUCUCACUUUCUGGAUAUUUUUCUGGAUAGUUUCUUUUUUAUAUUAUAUAAUUUUCCAGAGAAUAAUCUGAACUUCGCUUCCUUUCUUCUGGACAAUGUUCUCAUUUGGAUAUUUGCUGUUUCUCUGUGGACUUCGCCAGGUUCUGACAACCUAUCCAAUCUGGUGGGGGGCAUUAACCCAUAUGUGCUGUCUACGGACCACAGGAAAUGAAAAUUUUGGUCUUUGGCCAUCAGUCAGCAGUACUCAACCCUUGGUACACAGCCCAUCCCAUGCGGGACCAUUCCUGGUCUUGUAGGCAAGCAGAUGCGUUUCUGUCGGAAUUAUAUGGAGAUAAUGCCCAGUGUGGCUGAAGGAGUCAAAAUCGGCAUCCAGGAGUGUCAACAUCAAUUCCGAGGGCGAAGGUGGAACUGUACAACGGUGAACGACAACUUGGCGAUCUUCGGGCCGGUGCUGGAUAAAGCGACACGAGAAUCUGCCUUUGUUCACGCCAUCGCCUCGGCUGGAGUGGCAUUUGCUGUCACUAGAGCCUGUGCUGAGGGAACAGCAACAAUCUGUGGAUGUGACAACCAUCACAAGGGUCCCCCGGGAGAAGGCUGGAAAUGGGGUGGCUGCAGUGAGGACAUGGACUUCGGAAGCAUGGUGUCUCGAGAAUUUGCAGACGCUCGAGAGAACAGACCAGACGCUCGCUCAGCGAUGAACAGGCACAACAAUGAAGCAGGAAGAACAUCCAUCACAGACCACAGACAUCUCAAAUGUAAGUGUCACGGGUUGUCCGGAAGCUGUGAGGUGAAGACAUGCUGGUGGUCACAGCCAGAUUUUAGAAUGAUCGGAGAUUAUCUCAAGGACAAGUAUGACAGCGCUUCAGAGAUGGUUGUGGAGAAGCAUCGUGAAUCCCGUGGUUGGGUUGAGACCCUUCGACCAAAAUAUACUUUCUUCAAGCCACCAACUGAGAGGGAUCUGAUUUACUAUGAGAGCUCUCCUAACUUUUGUGAACCCAACCCUGAGACUGGAUCCUUUGGAACACGAGACAGGAUAUGCAACAUCACCUCUCACGGGAUCGAUGGGUGUGAUCUCUUAUGCUGUGGACGAGGACACAACACAAGGACUGAAAAACGAAAAGAAAAAUGUCAUUGCAUCUUUCACUGGUGUUGCUAUGUUAGCUGUCAGGAAUGCAUAAGGGUCUAUGAUGUCCACACAUGUAAAUAAGCAAGGAUUCAUUGAUAAGACUCUUCCAAACCAUAAACUGAAGACUUUGUUGGCCAGGCUUGACUCAGUGAGUCCUUUCAAUAUGACAGAGACCUUUUACUGUUUGACAAGUGUCCUACAGCUUCUUUGAAAUCCCAAGAUGUCCAUGCAGAGUAGCUUUUCACUUAGGUGGAAAUAUCUGUAAACUCAUUGUUGAUUCACAAUGCUGAUAAAAGCAAACCUUCUAACAUGUCACCACGAAGCGGAAAAUUAUGUGAUAUUGCGCCUAUCUACUUUUUACGGUUAGAGAAGGUUCAACCCCAAAGAUGGAGCCUAUGAAUUUAACAUUCCAGAUGUUUCUACUGUAGCACAAAACACUGCCUGUCUUCUAUAAUGCUGACUUCAGAGAACAUGUUCUAAUCUCUAGAUAGAUAAAUAAAGCAUUGUCGAAUGAUAUAGCCAUGCCCUGCCAAAACUGCCAUAUUUAUAUCCUAAGUAAAACAUGAUAGUUCCAUUCCCAUCGGCAGAAGGUUCUACUGAAUGUAGACACAUAUGCCAUCGUCACGUACAUCAAACCGACACAAGAGAGAAUCGUUGAUUAAAACUGGCAAUUGACAUAAUCAUGAAAUACCACAUGCCAACAUUAUUUAUGAUGGCGGCCAUUCUAAAGGGGCAUUCAUACAGUAUUGUUCUAUGAUGAAAAUGACCCUCCAUCCUUGCAAAAUUCAAUAUGUUGUAUUGAACUUCUUGGAUCAUUUCAUGCAACUAGUAGCCUUGAAGAGAGUGCCCGUGGUGGCCAUUGACCAAGAAAAAUGUUAAAUCACAUCCAAAAGUGUUCCGACCAAUAGCAUUAAUUGGACCCAAAUGAUAUUAUACAGCACAUCAAUCAAUGAAAUGUUCCAUCUAGAGUUUUCUUACGCCAGCACUGAAAAACUUGUCUCGUGUCACCUGAGCAAUAACUGAAAGAUGAUUGAUGGUCACAAAGGUGUCUACAGUAAAGUGAAAUCUGCACUUAACAAGCUCAGCUACUUCUCAUUGUAUUCUUCUUCUACAGAAUAGAAAUAUUAGACGAGACCAUUGAAUCGAGUGCGCUGUAUCACGACUACAAAAACCUUUAUCAGUCUCAUGUGUUUCCUCUUUACUGUACCAGAUUUUUUAUAUUUAAUCGACUGAUCCUUGUCCUCUCCGGCAGUACAAGCCUGCGCUUCCUAUACUGCUUCUGGUUCCAUUCCUUCUUUCAUGGUCUCGAAAAUGGACGAGACUAACGAUCCAAAUAAUACGUCCUUCUAGCUAGAGAUUUAGACCCAUGUGUAUUCACAGCAAGUGACGAGGAAUAGACAAGCCAAUAUGACCAGAACUGAAGGGGCUGGAAGGACGCCAAGGGGAAUGUCUGGUCAGAAGGCAGAAUGGGUUCUUCUCUCCUUACAAUGCUGCUAUCCACCUGAUCAGAACUAUACAAAUAGAAUCCUUUUCUUUCUAUGAAAGAAAUUGCUUAGACAAUAGUUUUUUUAAGAUAAAACACAAGAUGUGAAGUUUUGUACUAAUUCAUCUUCUGAGAAUUUUUGUUGCAGUUUAUUGAAAAGUCUUAAAUUCAUUGGUGACCAGGGAGAUUAUUAGCCCGAGAGCGCAAUAGGCAGUGACUCCAGUUGUCGGCUCUUCAAGGACCAGCAAGAUCUCACUGAUAGCUGCGACGAAGAGCCUCAGAGACUCCAUGUUGGUCAUCUGAGGUCUUGAUGAAUGACAAAAAGUUCUUCUUGAUAAUGGAUGAUGAAAUUGAGAUGGUCUUGGUCAAUAAAUGGAAACAAGUCAAUGACCGAUUAGAACGCAACUCGUCAUCCAUACAUAUGAUGACCUCAACAGACUGACUCCACCACGUUCCAAUGUCUUCUUGUUCUCGACUUCUGUGACUGAGAAUACAGCGUUUCACCGUAAACCUGUCGCCCUCCUUCUUCCAUGAUGCACCUGUAUUGUGUAAUAUCAUGUUCCAAAGCUAUGUACAAAUUAGAUGACAACUUUUUUGUAUUUUUUACGUUGGAUGAUUUUUUUUUAUGACUAUUUAUUUUAUGAACAAAUGUAUAUAUUAGUGAGAGUAUAUAUUUUCAGAGAUAACUCGUCAGGACAGUGUUGUCACUGCUUUGCUACUGUUGUUGUGACCUGAAAGUCUUAUCCUGGUUCUUGCUGACAGCACAUUAGUGGCGGCAUUACAGUUAUUGCCAUGGUGUUCCCUGUACAUUGCUAGAUGUGUUAACUCUAUACUGAGAAUUAA